UAAAAUAAGUACCCCAAAAAGAAAAAGAAAAAAAAAGGAAAAUCCUGUCGACAGCAAGCGUGCGGGACGCACAGAAAACGACGAGAGAUGCUGGCGGCGGCGAAGGACGCGAGCGCGGCGCCGACCUUCGAUCUCCCCGACGACGUGCUGCGCGUCCUGCCCACCGACCCCUUCGACCAGCUCGACGUGGCCCGGAAGAUCACCUCCCUCGCCCUCUCCGCCCGCGUCUCCGAGCUCGAGUCCGAGUCCUCCGCCCUCCGCGCCGACCUCGCCGCCGCCGACCGCCUCGCCGCCGACCUCCGCUCCCAGAUCGAGUCCCUCGACGCCACCCUCGCCGACGCCGCCGAUCACCUCGCCCGUGCCGACCGCGAGAAGGAGGAGCUGCUGAGAGAGAACGCUUCGCUGUCGGAGACUGUGAAGAAGCUGAACAGAGAUGUCGCGAAGUUGGAGGUAAUCCAGAGGACGCUUAUGCAGUCCCUUCGAGAGGAAAAUGAAAGCUUUGUAAGUGAGUUAGCCCAGAGUAGCUUUCGCAUCCAGCAUCUAAAAUUUGUUUUCUUGUGCCUAAGAUGUUAUGAACCACAGGCAGGAACACCGCAGAUUAUUGCCAGGCCAACACCAAGUGAUGAUGAUGGCUCCCAGACUCUUUCAAGAUCAUCGUCGGCUCAGAGCCGGUUAUCAGAAAUGGGAAACUCAUCAGGAGAUGAUCCUGAAACAGACUCGAGACCAGGGAUAUCAAGUGGCCUGAUAUUCUAUUCGCAAACGAGCAAUCCUCGGCUCACUCCUCUUGGAUCUCCUCUAAGUUUAUCUCUAUCUGUGUCCCCUUCAAGAGUUUCUAACGCAGCAUCUCCAAGAUGGCAGUCCAUGUCAUUUGCAACCCCACUGGACAAGUUUGAUGACAGGUCCUCCACUUGCUCUUCGUUGCCCUCAAUCCGCCAUGGUUCUGUAGCAGGCUCCGAGACAGGAUCUCAAACGGGAAGAACUCGAGUCGAAGGGAAAGAGUUCCUACGGCAAGUGAGGACCCGAUUACCGUAUGAGCAGUUUGCUGCUUUCUUGGCAAAUGUCAAGCAAUUGAAUUCUCGCAAGCAAUCUAAAGAAGAGACUCUGCGGAAUGCUGCUGAGAUCUUUGGUGCAGAUAAUAAGGAUCUCUAUGAUGUAUUCGAGAGAUUAUUGACUCGCCACGCCCACGCCGAUUAACUGCGUCAACCAGCAAACAAAUGCCUUAAUGAUGCAGUACUGCCCGUAAAAAUAAUUCUCAUCACUUUCAUUGUACAUGUUGAAUAAAUUUAAAUUCGUCAUGCUCGGAGACAAGGUUUCGGUUCUUGCAAUGACAUUGGUUUGGAUUCAACCAAACGUCCUCAUCUGGUGUGAAGUGUGCUUUUGUCUGUGGUCUUGGAAAUUGACUGCCGUUAAAGAUGGUGCACUUCAAUGUUUUUUUUUUUU